AUGGCUGAGUUUGAGCAACUUGGCAUCCAGCAGUGGUUGGUGAAACAAUGCACGUACAUGGCACUUCAUAAUCCCACACCUAUACAGACGCUUUGCAUCCCUGCAAUCCUAGCGGGCAAGUGUGUCGUGGGCGGCGCGGCCACUGGAAGCGGCAAGACGGCAGCCUUUGCGCUUCCGCUGCUGCAGAUACUCGCAGAGGACCUCUACGGUGUAUUUGCUCUUGUGCUGACGCCAUCACGCGAACUUGCAUAUCAGAUCGUCGAUCAGUUUGUCGCCCUCGGCGCCCCGCUGCAAAUACGCAACGCUCUCGUCAUUGGCGGUGUGCCACACGAGCAACAGUUGGACGCGUUGAAUGGAAGGCCGCACAUCGUGGUGGCCACACCGGGGCGUUUGAAAUUCAUGCUGACCUCCUUCCCUGAAGCCCGCAGGGCCUUCUCGCGCCUGCGAUUCCUCGUGCUUGACGAGGCUGAUCGGUUGACGAGCGACGACAUGGAGGCGGACGUGGCAUCGGUUGUUGCGCUCCUCGGCCCUGCCCGAUCCACACGGCGCACACUGCUCUUUACCGCAACACUUGAGCGACGCCUCACACGCGUCGAGGACGACGGAUGGCUGCCGCGACUCGGAAUCACCGAUGCAUCGAAGCAGCUGGAAGUGUUCGCCACAAACACCAUAAUGAGUGGGGGAGGGAACGAUGACAAAAAAGAAGGCGAGGGAAGUGACACCACAACGUCGUAUGGUGUUUCGGACUCGCUGCAACAGAAGUACAUCUUUAUCCCCAACAUGGUGAAACUGGCGUACCUCGUUGCUGCCCUCCGAAACGCGGGACCUGAGCAGUCUACCAUCGUCUUCACCAACUCUUGCAUGCGUUGCGAAGUUGUUAGACUUGUGCUACAGCUAUUAGGUUUCCCUGUGUGCAGCCUCAACUCGAUGAUAUCGCAGAAGCACCGUCUUGACAACUUGGCUACCUUUAAGUUGGGCAUUGCGCGCAUUCUGGUCGCCACCGACAUCGCGAGUCGCGGACUUGACAUUCCCGCAGUGGGCCUCGUAUUGCACUACGACUUGCCGAAACAGGCGCCCACAUAUCUGCAUCGCGUUGGCCGCACAGCGCGCGCUGGUCGUGAGGGACUUUCGGUGGCAUUCGUCACAGAAUACGACGUUGAUUUAGUGCGACGCCUUGAGGGAAAAGUUAAUUGCACUUUGAGUCUCUGGAAAGCCAAGGGUGUCAACGAAAAGGGUGUGCUGAAGCUACUCGAUGAGGUUUCGGCAGCGAAGGUUCAGGCGAAGCUUCAAGUGGAGGAGCAGUUUGGGCGGCGCGUGGUGACACUGAAGGAACACGCCGCGGCUAAGAAGGCCCAACGGCUCGAGGAACAACGUGCAUCUAAGAAGGUUAUCUCCGGCAUUAACCAUAAAGCUGAGAUUUCGGUGGGUACUGCGUUGUUGGGCGUUGCAGACGAUGGACCAAUGGCUAACACUGUGGCGCAAAACACAAAGAAAGGACCGAAGAAGAGAAGUCGAAGCAUCGCGUAA